ACACCAGGACUGGUAAUAGUAGGUCGCCCUCGACGAUCACGGCUGGAAGGCAGGAGUGGAUCAUCUCGAGGUUUCCUUAUUGAAGGGAAAAAAAAUAAAUCACGCUUUCCUUGCGCCUUUGGAUGCACGCUACGCCCGUUGUUCUGGAUUAAUUUUUCCCCCCCACCUUCCUGAAUUUCAGUUCUUUUUAAUUUACUUUAAAACCACAUUAAGCAUAAUGGGAUCCCAGGCAUCAAAGGGAGGAGUGGCUGUGGAGGGGAAAGCCGCCGAUGCUGACCCGGCUGCCGUCAAGACUAACGGACAGGAGAAUGGCCACGUUAAGACCAAUGGUGACGUCUCUGCCAAGGCAGAGGGAGACGCCGCCACCACCAACGGUUCUGCGGAGGCAGCCAAGGAAUCUGAGGCUGGAGCCGGUGAUGCCAUCGAGCCAGCACCUGCUGCUGAGGGAGAUGCUGCCAAACCUGAGGGCGAGGCCACCAAGGAGACCCCCAAAAAGAAGAAGAAGAAGUUCUCCCUGAAGAACUCCUUCAAAUUCAAGGGCAUCUCGCUGAAGAAGAACAAGAAGAGCGCCGAGGUGAAGGAAGAGGCCGCCGCUGAUGCCGCUCCGGUCGCCGAAGAGAAGCCCGAGGAGAAUGGGGCGGCCGCUGAGGAGAAGAAAGAGGAGGAGGCCAAGGCUGAGGAGACACCCGCCCCUGCAGAGACCCCCAAGGCCGAGGAACCCGCUGCCAAGGCUGAGGAACCGGCUGCCCCCAAGGAAGAGGCUGCUGCACCUGCUGCAGAGCCCACAAAACCAACAGAGGAGACCGGCUCAACACCCGCACCAUCCGAACAGAAGGAGUGAUUGUACUUCACAAAGGACUUUGUGAACUGUUUUUCCAAGAAAAAAUAUAUAUUUAUAUAUAUGUGUAUAUGUAUACAUAUGUAUAUAUACAUGGAUAUAUGUAUAUGUAUAUAUACACAUGUAUGUGAAAAAAAAAGACUCCUCGUGCCACUUUCUUCAAGAUUAACAACAAAUGACAGACUAGAUUCACUAGUUCACUUCCCUGAUAAUGGCUCAAAGAUGUGGAAUUCCGAGCGAAGGCCGAAACCUCUUGGAAGCGGGAUGUCAACGCAAUAGUGAGUUGAGGAUGGGAUCAAGGAGGAGCAUCUUUCAAGCCCACCACAGAAUAGAUGCAACCUUACCAAUGAAUUGUGCAAGAUCAACAUCACCACAUAUAAUGACUGUUAAAAAAAAGGAAAUCGAAAAAGACUUGCCAACUUUCUACAUUCCUAUAUUUUAACCCAAAUUUAAGUAUUUUGUGGUGUAUAGAGAACCAUUUUCAAUAUCCAGAAGGCUUUGUCUCAUUUGUUUGAAAUCGCAUUUUAAUUUUCAUCUUGGCUUAAAAAAAAAAAAAAUACAAAACAAAACAAAAUAAAAACACAUUUGAGCUUGCUAUGUUCACAUUUGAAGUUUUAAAAGAAGCAGAAUUGUUAUGUGUUAAAUGUGAGCCUUGAUCUGCUUUUUGGUCUCUGUAAAUACAUUUGACCAAUUUUGUUCUUUAUUUUGCUAAUGUUUAAAGAUGUUACUGGUUUUAUUGUAAAGUUGAUAAUGGUAAAUAAAUGUUGGUUACCUACAGAUA